AUGUGCUGCGCCCUUACCUCAGUCUCGUCUCUAUGUGCUGGAGUAUCGGCUAUCUGCUCGGCACCGGAGUACUCACAGCCUUCCUCAAGAUGGAAGGACAGUGAGCAUAUCGGAUUCCCUUUGCGCUUCAUGGUAUUCUGCUUGCCCCAGAAUCUCCUUGGUGGCUCGUACGAAGGAACCGAAUUGCCGAUGCCGAAGUGGCAUUUGCGCAAACUCCGGAAGAAGGAUGUCGACGACGAGGAAAUCGCGAAUACCUUAUCUAUGAUCGUCUACACCAUCAAGAUCGAGAACGAGAUGAACACGUCCAGUGCUUAUAACUCUAUUCAAAGGUGUCAACGUCGACGAACUGAGAUUACGAUUUUUACUUAUGUGUUCAAGAGCUAUGCUUCCGCUGUUGUCAUACGUCGUAUACUUCCUCCAACAAGCCGGUCUCCCUACCACUGA